AUCGCAUCGAUUGACAGGUGUAUUUUUUCGCGUGCAGCCUCAUUGUAAUUUUAUCAAUAUAGCUCAACGUGCAGAGACGCUAGCUUGCAAUUAAUCAAUUAUCUACCGGGCUGUAUCCAAGACGAUAUUUGCACCUUGAUUUCUUGGACAUAUUAGCAUUUUGGUGAUAAUUGCUUGGACUAGACCUCAAGAUGUCGUCGCAGGAUGUUAUCAAGAGCACUGCGAAGAAAUUAAAAUAUUACAUGGAGGUAAAACGUCUGGAGGAUGCCUUUGAUCUCUCAGGACCAGAUAAACCACAGAGGCAUUACCCAACUCUUAAACCGCGGCCCACCCUCCUCUAUGAUGGUCUUCAUGAUCGAUCUUUGAAGCACUACUUUAAGAGCCCAGAGGUCAAGAAACACAUGACCCAGAUGAGACCAAAAUCUAGUGCAAUGGCCACUGAGGAUAAAGUCAGACGUGAUGUGGACAAAUACAUGAAUAAAACACAGUACACGAAUGCGUAUUCUACAAUCGUCAGACCCAAGGCUUCUGCUCCUAAGAAGAGGCGAGGUAACUUCCGAGGCGGCCCUCUUAUGUUGAGGUCAAAACAUGGCCCUUACCUUUCCAAAGGAGAGACAGAGAGAUUGGUCAACACUGCUACCAAACUCCUUGUUGCAUCGGAAACAAUCCCGAUUGAGAAUGGCAAAAAGAACAAGAAGUAUUCAGCAAGGGUCUAUGCUACACAACAGAUGGGACCCGGGGGUAGUCUACCAAUCAUCGAGUCCUCUGCCACGUAUCCACCCAGGAGGCCUGAUAGGCCCAGGUCUACCUAUGGCAUGAGGCCCAAGUCUGCCAUGGGCAUGGAUGAGAGCAGGCCCAAGACCUCAAGAGGAAUGAGACCCAAAUCUGCUGUUUACAAUCCCAGCACAAAGCGAUAUGGGUAUGACCAGUACGGGCAGAGGAUCCGUAUCAGGCCUACCCCGCCCCCUAACCAUUACGAGGCCUCUGAGUCAGAGACUGAAGACGAUAUCUCAGAAGAUGGCCCAACCAGUAUGCUGGUUCCAGUUAGGAGUGGUACUUCACAGACCCCUGAAUGGCUCAACAUUCAGAUGUCCAAAGUUGAUAUGGCUGGAGGAGCUAUGCAGUUGUAUGAUGAUGAUAUGGAGGAGGAAGAGGAGCAAGAUGAUGACAGCAUCUACCAAGAACCAACGAUCCUGCAGAACGACUUGGCUUUAGUCAGUUACGACAGCACCACACAGACCGGUGUAGAAACAGCCAUGCAGACAGUAGAACGUGAAAACACUCAAGAAACGCAGACGCGGCGUGCGAACACCGUCGAAGCACUAACCGACCCAUGGCAAUCGGAGAUCUCGAUGCAGACCGAUCCCCCUCCUAUAACAUCAGGCACGCAGACGAUCCCCCCUCCUCCAGAAAUGAGUACGCAGACGCUGCCCCCACCUCCAGAGAUUUCAACUCAAACAAUCACCCCCUGCCCUGAGAUCAGCACGCAGACCCCCUCCUCGGGGCCCGCCAUGUCCACACAGACCCUCCCCGAGAUGAGCACGCAGACAAUACCCGAGGCAAUCAGCACACAGACAGAUGCUGCCCCUCUUGAAAUCUCAACCCAGAUAACCCCUGACCCCACCCCUUCUCCUUCAGAGGAGGAAGAGGAGGAAUUGGACGAUUACGAUCACUUGCGACAUGGUCCGCGACUGAAAUCAGGAAAGAGGACUGUAUAUGAAAUGGCGAUCCACACUGGUAACAGAUUAGGUGCAAGCACGAGAGCUGAUGUGCAUAUUAUACUUUACGGAGAGAAGGGCAACACAGGAAAGAUCAAACUGAAGCAAUCAAAGGAAACCAAGGAUGGGAAGAAGAUGAAGUUCCAAAAAGGACAGAUUGAUGUCUUUAAAGUAGAAUCCUUCUACGUAGGCAAGUUGGAGUGCAUAACCAUUGGUCAUGACAGGAAAGAAUUGGGAUGUGGUUGGUUCUUGGAUAAGCUGAUGAUCAGGGAGUAUGGUGAUGAUAUCAGCUAUGAGUUUGUGGUUGAGAGGUGGCUCUCGGCUCAGGAUGAAGACGGCAGGACGGUCAGAACUCUACCGGUUACUAACAUCAUCAUGGAUGUUUCAUCCAGUGGAUCAGACAGCGAAGGCACAGACUUUGUUGAACGCAGUGAUGACAGCAGCGUCUAUACCAACACUGAUCCUCACUUGAGCCAGAUUACAGAGACAGAUGGUGGUUCUUCGGUUAGAUCAGGGCGCAGGAGAAGGCACCGCAGGAGACGUGCCGCUUCAACGACAACUGCCACUGAAACGGAAAGUGACUCUGAUGUCAGUGAUACAGAGAGAAGUGGUGGAGAUCGCACAACAGAUCAUACAGACAGCAGCGGGAGUGGUAGUAGUAGUAGCGAUAGUGGAAGCAGUAGCGGGAGUGAAACGGAGGGUGGUGAUCGCAGUAGCAGGAGAAAGGGAGGGAAGGGUGAUGGGCACAGUGACAAUGAGGGGAAUGGUACCAGCAGGGGUUUCUUCAGGGGUGGGAAGAUGGAAGAGCCCCAGCAUUCAGAGCCAUUACCGACAGAAGUAAGAGAUGCAUCGAUAUCAAGACCCAAGCAGUCAACACCCAUCAACUCCAGGCAUCCUUCGCCUCAUCCUCCAUCCUCCAGUGAUGAGAAGAAAGGGACUGAUGUCUUCAUGAGUGGAUACCUGGCUGGCAUCAAGGCAAAGGAAGAGGCAGACAGAAAAAGAAAAGAGCAAGAAGAAGAGGAAGAAGAAAGGAAGAGGCAAGAAGAGGAGAGGUUGAUGUCUGGUCCAUCUAUCCAUGAUUGCUGCAAGAAAGGAGACCUCGACAGAAUAAAGGCUCUUAUCACACUCAAACCAGAACUAAAGGAUACUCCUGAUGAAAGGGGUUGGACACCACUCCACUGUGCGGCUGGCUCCGGCAAUGCGGACAUCGUCAAGUGGCUGAUCGUCAGUGACGUCAACGUCAACAUGCUCACCCCUACAGGCUACAACGGAAUGCACCAGGCUGCCAUGAAUGGCCAUGUAAACAUAAUGAUGGUACUGGCCGCUAUGGGGGUGGACGUCAACUGCAAGACGGUGGAUCAGCAGACACCUCUCCACCUAGCUGCUAUGAGUGGUCACAUCGAUUCCUGCAGGUGGUUGGUAGCGAACAAAGCCUGUGAGGAUUGUGAAGACAUCAUGGGUCGGUCAGCCCUGGACCUGGCCUCAGACUACCAGCAGACCGAGGUGGAGAAGUUCCUCAAGUCCUGUAGAAAGGACCUCAAGAGUGAAGACAGCUCACUCUCUCAACUCAGAAGCCAGUCCCCAACCAGAUCUUCUAGUCAAGACGUGAAUAAUGCUGGACAAUCAGAAGAGAUACCAGAUACCGACAGACCAGUUACCCCCAAACAAAAUGAAAAGCAAGCUCUUAUGAAUCCUUUGACGAUAGAUUCUAACACAGUGGAGUCACAAUCGGACCGAUAUCAACCCCCAACAAGGGACUACCGGUAUUCAGGAUGCUUCAACUGUGGAGAAAAAAACCACGACAGGAGUGAAUGUUGGCACGACGGCAUGCUUCAAUGUCAUAAUUGUCAGAACUUUGGUCAUAAGGCCAAGUUCUGUGCAGAAAAUAAUUAUUAAUUUAAUGGCCAUGAUGAGUGAGCCUAACCCGCAGCUCUCUCGGCUCAUAGUUAUCUCUCUCCCGAGUUACUGAUACAGUGCUUGUAAUUGAGAAGCUGACAUGAAUAGCACGGAUCAUGCAAGCAAGUGAUUAUUCUGCUGAUGAACAUGCAGCGUCUGUGUGAACGAAAAUUACACAUCAUUAAAUAAACAUGAAGUCGAUAAGAUGGUUAGGCUACAUAUCUGUCAUACUUACAAACUGACAAUCUCUGACUCUAACAGUUAUCAAGAUGAAUUAACCUCUUUGCAACUCUAAUGAUUUUGAACUGAAUCAUAUUCACUUCAUCUCGGAAAAUCAUGAUGAACAAGACACUUUUUGUUGUCCUUAUAACAAUGAUGAGGAUGUAGUUUCUUUUAUUUAUCACUUCUGAUAUUCCUUAUAUUAAUGAUGAGAUUAGUACUUCUAACCAAGGUGACUCAACAAAGAGUGGCUAGUAUUGUCGCAAAUCUCAUAGUAGAAUAAAGAGAAACUGUGGAUAAUUGCGACUUGCUCAUCUAAAUAUACGAUUAUUUUGCUAGUUUGCUCUAAUUUUGAUGAUUUACAUGUGAUUAUAUCGGAAAAUAACUUUGAUGUUAUUGCAUUGAAUGAAACUCGUUUAUGUGAAAUAAUAUCAGAUGAUAAAUAUACGCAUUGAUGACUAUGCUGUGUACAGAAAGGACCGUAAUAGACAAGGUGGGGGAGUGCUUUUAUAUAUCAAUGACAAUCAACUUAACUAUAAAAUCAGGUUUAAUCUCAUGAUUAAGGAUAUUGAAAUGGUAAAAUUAGAUAAUGAGUCAUUUGCACUGAAUUCAGGAAUGAAAGCUGGAAUUAUGUUCUUAGUGCAGGUGAUCCUGAUCAAUCUGUAAAUUAAUGCAUGCACUUGUUCGAAAAAGAAGAGUUAAACUUGAUAGACUUCCAUGGAUCAAUGCAGAUAUACUGAGCUUGAUGCGUAACAGAGAUGCGAUGAAACAGAAAGCGAAUUAAAAAAAAAACAUUGAAAGAAAAUGAAGAGAAAGAAAGUGAUAAAAAUGAAACAAUAUUAAAGAAUGCAAGGAAAAGGAAUGUAAUGUCGAAGAAAUCAAAGUUACUGAAGAAUGGUUAGAUUAUAAAACGAUGACAAAUUAUGUAUGUUAAAAAUUUAAUCAAAGUAAAAUAGAAACUUUUCGUUAUCAAAUUGAAAACUCAUGUCAUGACAUGAAAGGAACAUGGGCAGUGUUGAAUAAAUUAUAACUCUGAAAUGGUCAGGUAUUAUAACUUGUAUAAAAAAUGAGGAAGGAGAUAUACUUAACUAAACUAUUUCUCAAUAACUAAAUGAGUACUUUGUCAGCAUUUGCCAAAAACUUUGCCAAAAACUUUGCCAAAAACAUUCCGUCUGCAAAUAAAUGUGUUGACGAGUGCAGUCUGCAUCUGUUAACGGUAUUUCAAUUUCAAUUUCAAUUUCAUUUAUUUCCACAGAUUCAUAAAAGACAGUUUAAAUUACAAUCAAAUAUAAAAGCAUUACAACAAAAGAUGAACCUGCAGAGGGGGUGAUCAAAAACCACAGAGGUUUAUCGGGGAUCAUCCCCUGCUUAAAAUUACUAUUUUAAAAUACAAUAGUUUUUUUUUAAAUUAAACAAUAACACAUACAAAAACAUAUAGAUAUUAAAUGCAAAUCUAUGUGUGGGGUGAGUAGUGGUGGGUUGGUGGUACCAAGAAAUACAAUAUAAUGUCCAAUUUUUUUUGCCAGCUGAAUGUGGAAUUCCCCAAGUAUCCAUUUUAGGACCCCUGCUUCUGAUAUAACAUGUGAAUGAUUUGCCACUUGGCCUCAGUCACUGUAAAGUUUGCAUGUAUGCUGAUGAUAUGGUAAUACAUUGCUCGGCAAAUGAUACCAUAGAAUUACCGGUAAGCAGGAAGAUAAAUGAAGAUCUAAAAUAUGUUAAAAAGUGGUUGAUAUAAAACAAACAAAAUUUGAAUAUAAAGAAAAUGGAAUACAUUUUAUUCGGUACGAAAGAACGUCUGGAUAAAGGUACAGAUACUGAUUUAAACAUUACUAUCAAUAAUUCUUUGUUAGUCUCAAGUUAGUAAGUGUAGACGUCUUUGGGUAAUUUUAGAUGAAAGCGUUUUCAUGGCAGGAACAUAUUAAUACUAUUCAUAAAGAAGCAAGUAACGGAUUAUAUACGGUAUGCUCAAAUCUUUAAGAAAUAUUGUAAAUGAAUAUGAAAUGAAAUUGGUUUAUAAUUUACUAGUAUUGUCUUAAUUAAAUUAUUGUGAUGUAGUUUUAGGCCGAUGUGGAAGUACAAAGAAAAACAAAUUACAACAAAUUCAGAAUAGAACAGCACAAAUAACGAAUAGGUCCUUGGUUUUCCUCAUCAGGUAAAAAUUUAACAAGACUAAAGUUGAAAACACUUAACAAUAAUAGAAAAAAUAAUGUAGCAAUUAUGAUGUAUAAGAUUGUCUCAAAACAAGCUCUUCAAUAUUUAGUAGAAAGUAUGUGACUUUUACAUGUAUGUGUUGAUUUGUUUUGU